GUUGUUUGUGCGAUAAUAAACACAUUUAAAGCCCAAAACAGUGUUUUCUCGCAACCAUUCACUCAUCGUUUGCCAUACGAUUCGUUUGACUUUUGUUUUGAUUGCAAUUAAUUGUCAUUUAAUUGUCUUUUGAUUUACGUUUUUGUGUGAUUUGUCUGUCGUUUUCGGCGAUAGACUACCGGCCCCUCCGAUGGGUCGCAAAGAUAAAAGUUACUAUAAAUUCAAAUCAAAGGGCAAUUCAAGUAAUAAUAAUAGCAAUAACAACACCAACGAUGACGUGAACGACGACAACGACAACAAUGAGACUACCGGUGAGAAAGACAUUGACAGCGCCUGUCGAUUGUGUGCAUACAUAAUGCCGGAGUCGGCGAGUCGUCAGAUAGCGGAGGGCGUCCGCGAAGACGAGUUCGGCGCCAAAGACUACACGUUAGACGUGACUCUUCGCGACGACUAUAUGUCACGUCCGCUUUGGGUCGCACCCGACGGACACAUAUUUCUCGAGACCUUUUCGCCCGUCUAUAAACACGCCCACGACUUCCUCAUUGCCAUCGCUGAGCCGGUCUCCCGUCCCGAACACAUGCAUGAGUACAAACUGACCGCGUAUUCGCUCUACGCGGCCGUCUCUGUGGGCCUUCAGACCAAAGAUAUCGUCGAAUAUUUGCGGCGUUUGAGUAAAACAACAAUUCCUGACGGAAUCGUUGAGUUUAUUAAUCUCUGUACCAUAAGCUAUGGUAAAGUGAAACUAGUGUUGAAACACAACCGAUAUUUUGUUGAAUCGCCGUUCGCUGAAGUGAUACAAAAGCUGCUAAAAGAUCCCGAAAUACAGAACUGUCGGCUCAGACGCGAUGCGGACACCGAAGCGGACGACGGGCUCAUUGUCUCGUCGAAAGACAAUAAAGCGAGUGAUAGUAAAGCCGCCGACGGGACGGACGGCGCGGCCGCCAAAGAAGGCGAGGAUUUAAGUAAAGUUCCCGACGAUAUCGCCAACUAUUACGAGAAGAUGGAGAGAGACGACGACGACGCGGACGACACGAAGAUUGUGUCCUUCGAAGUGAAUCAGUCGGAGAUCGAGAAUCUUCAGAAGCGUUGCAUUCAAUUAGAGUAUCCAUUGUUAGCCGAAUAUGACUUUAAAAACGAUACAUUGAAUCCCGAUAUCAAUAUGGACUUAAGGCCGACGGCAUUCCUCAGACCCUAUCAGGAGAAGAGUUUGCGCAAAAUGUUUGGCAACGGGAGGGCCCGCUCUGGUGUGAUAGUGCUUCCGUGCGGACGGCCGUUUAGCGACCAGCCACACUGGCGGACAACGUGGCAAUUCUUCGCCACAGAGCAAGAGACGUUAAGACGGCAAAGACAACUUUUUAAAUUGUGGUCCACAGCGGACGACAGUAUGAUCUGUCGGUUCACGUCUGACGCCAAAGACAAGCCGAUCGGUUCGGGCAUUUGUAUCACCACUUACUCGAUGAUAACGCACACACAGAAGAGGUCGUGGGAAGCGGAUCAAGUGAUGAAGUGGUUGACCGAACAGGAGUGGGGCCUAAUGCUGUUGGAUGAGGUGCACACCAUUCCGGCUAAAAUGUUCCGUCGAGUGCUGACCAUAGUUCAGGCGCACUGCAAACUCGGACUGACGGCCACUCUUGUGCGCGAAGACGACAAGAUCGCUGAUCUCAACUUCUUGAUCGGCCCGAAGCUAUACGAAGCCAAUUGGCUGGAACUCCAAGCGAAUGGGUAUAUCGCGCGCGUCCAGUGCGCUGAAGUGUGGUGUCCGAUGGCGCCCGAGUUUUACCGCGAAUACCUGUCCACAAGAACCUGUAAAAAGAUGGUAUUGUUUUUAUUUGUUUUUUAUUCACAUCUCAUUCAUAAAACCAUCUUUGUUUAA